AUGGGGACCCCCUCCCCGCGGAUGGUGCUGCUGCCACUGACAGGGCUGACAGCUCCCCAGGCAACAUUCGGGCGGCCCAACUUCAUCGUCAUCCUGGCAGAUGAUGUGGGCUGGGGGGACCUGGGGGCCAACUGGGCAGAGACGAAGGAGACCCCACAUCUGGAUGAGUUGGCUGCUGAAGGCACAAGGUUUGUGGAUUUCCACUCGGCUGCAUCCACUUGCUCCCCAUCCCGUGCCUCGCUGCUCACGGGGCGCCUCGGCGCACGCAACGGGGUGACCCACAACUUCGCCGUCACGUCGGUCGGCGGCCUCCCCCUCAACGAGACCACCCUGUCUGAGGUCCUGCGGGGGGCUGGGUACAGGACAGGGGCUAUAGGCAAGUGGCACCUGGGACACCACGGCCACCAUCAUCCCAGCUUCCGCGGCUUCGACUACUUCUUCGGGAUCCCCUACAGCCACGACAUGGGAUGCACGGACACCCCCAGCUACAACCUGCCACCCUGCCCGCCCUGCCCGCAGCACGGCACCGCUGCCAGGGUGACAAGAAAGGACUGUUACACGGAGGUGGCCCUUCCUCUCUUGGAGAACACCACCAUCAUCCAGCAGCCCGCCAACCUCAGCAGCCUGGCAGAACGCUACGUGGAGCAGGCGGCGCGGUUCAUCCAGCUGGCGAGGUGAGACGCCGCCCGCCGUCCCG